GUUGACAGCGGCUGCGGUGGAACCGGGCGGGCGGCGGGAGUCGGCGCCUCGGGUUCCUGCCUCGCGUCCCUAGGCGGCGGCGGCCGGGCGUCCCGGGAUGGCCUUCAUGGAGAAGCCGCCAGCCGGCAAGGUGCUGCUGGACGACACGGUGCCGCUGACAGCAGCCAUCGAGGCGAGCCAGAGCCUGCAGUCCCACACGAAGUCAUUCUUAUCAGUGCCUUCCUUUGCAAGCACCAAGGAUGUACAGGGGGAAGUUAAAGUUGACUCCUCUUCAGAAGAGAUGACAGUGGCCCUUCAUUUGUGGUUUGAAACUUUUGACUUAGGAGUAUGGAACAAGUGCUUUAUCUUUGGUAAAUACUUGGACCUCAGGAGGAGGAGAGUUUCUUCAGAUUGACCAUUUAGUCUCCAGCUCACCUUGCGGACAACCACAUUUAGGGAAUAUAUUAUUCGAGUGCAAAGAGGAAUUUCUGUGGAAAACAGCUGGCAGAUUGUUAGAAGAUACAGUGACUUUGAUUUGCUUAACAACAGCUUACAGAUUGCAGGCCUAAGUCUACCUCUUCCUCCCAAAAAAUUGAUUGGUAACAUGGAUCGUGAAUUCAUAGCUGAAAGGCAGAAAGGUCUUCAGAACUAUCUCAACGUGAUCACAACAAAUCAUAUCUUGUCUAAUUGUGAGCUGGUUAAGAAGUUUUUAGAUCCAAACAACUAUUCCGCAAACUAUACUGAGAUUGCCUUGCAACAGGUUUCCAUGUUCUUCCGAUCAGAACCAAAGUGGGAGGUGGUGGAACCUUUGAAAGACAUAGGUUGGAGAAUAAGGAAGAAAUAUUUCUUGAUGAAGAUUAAAAAUCAGCCAAAGGAACGGCUAGUGUUAAGCUGGGCUGACCUUGGCCCAGACAAGUAUUUGUCAGAUAAAGAUUUUCAGUGUCUAAUCAAACUUCUGCCUUCUUGUUUGCACCCUUACAUCUAUCGGGUUACCUUUGCCACAGCUAAUGAAUCCUCAGCGUUGCUAAUUAGGAUGUUUAACGAAAAGGGAACAUUGAAGGAUCUGAUCUACAAGGCAAAACCAAAAGACCCAUUUCUAAAGAAGUACUGCAACCCUAAGAAGAUUCAGGGCCUGGAACUCCAGCAAAUAAAAACAUAUGGACGGCAAAUAUUAGAGGUACUGAAGUUUCUUCACGACAAGGGAUUCCCUUAUGGGCAUCUUCACGCCUCCAAUGUGAUGCUCGAUGGGGACACUUGCCGGCUGCUAGACCUUGAGAAUUCCUUAUUGGGCCUGCCUUCCUUCUACCGAUCUUAUUUUUCACAAUUCAGGAAAAUCAAUACAUUGGAAAGUGUGGAUGUCCACUGCUUUGGCCACUUACUGUAUGAAAUGACUUAUGGACGACCGCCAGACUCGGUGCCUGUGGACUCCUUCCCUCCUGCCCCGUCCAUGGCUGUGGUGGCCGUGUUGGAGUCUACGCUGUCUUGUGAAGCCUGUAAAAAUGGCAUGCCUACCAUCUCCCGGCUCUUACAGAUGCCAUUAUUCAGCGAUGUUUUACUAACCACUUCUGAAAAACCACAGUUUAAGAUCCCUACAAAGUUAAAAGAGGCAUUGAGAAUUGCCAAAGAAUGUAUAGAGAAGAGACUAAUUGAGGAACAGAAACAGAUUCACCAGCAUCGAAGACUGACAAGAGCUCAGUCCCACCAUGGAUCUGAGGAGGAAAGAAAAAAAAGAAAAAUUUUAGCUCGAAAGAAGUCAAAACGAUCUGCUCUUGAAAAUAGUGAAGAGCAUUCAGCGAAGUACAGCAACUCCAAUAAUUCAGCAGGAUCUGGGGCCAGCUCACCUCUCACGUCCCCGUCAUCGCCAACUCCACCCUCUACAUCAGGGAUAUCUGCAUUACCUCCACCUCCUCCACCUCCACCACCACCACCACCAGCAGCUCCCCUGCCUCCUGCGAGCACCGAGGCACCUGCGCAGCUCUCGUCUCAGGCUGUGAAUGGCAUGAGCCGAGGGGCCUUGCUCAGCUCCAUCCAGAAUUUCCAAAAAGGAACUUUGAGGAAAGCCAAAACCUGUGAUCACAGUGCUCCGAAGAUCGGCUGAAGCUUCCUGUUUACACUUGGAGGGAAAAGUUCUUUUUUAUUCCUACUCACCCCUACCCCCCAAACUACCCUCUUCCUGGGAAAGUAAUUGCUGAGCCAGUACAGCCACAAACAGUACUAUUUUGCAGAUGCUCAUGUAAGAAGCUUUUCAAGAGAGAAAUAAUUCUUUAAGCAGAAUAAAGUUAGGCUGGCAUUGCUCCCUUAAGAUCUUGCUCCUUUAUUAACCCUGUAAAGGAGUCUUGUUUAUCCUCUAAUGGCCAGGCUUUUGGGACAGCAGCAUAUUGAAAUAUUUUCACCAACUAAAGGAAAUAGACAGAAAAACAAUGACAAUAUUCAAUCACAGCAGUAAAUGGCCUUUGUGUUGCAAUCCCUUCUACCCCAUUAGACAGCUCCUAGAAACAUUCCUCUUACAGUUCAUUUCUCUAAAGCAUUUUCUGAUUCUUAGAUAACUCCAAUUUUUGCUACCUUUAUCUUAGACAUUAACACUAUAGCCCAAAGCAUAGUUACUUUGCUAAAUCAGAAAGCAACUGAGUUCUUUGUUUUCCUCUCAAAUAGAAUGGGGAACGUUCACAACAUUCUCUUAAGUUAACAGGAAUACCAUUGUGGUUAUAGAACUCAGGACUGCUAAAGCAACUACUCUAGACCCAUAGUUCUUUUUAGUUAGAAUGUAUUGAAACAGACAAAAAUAUUAACAUCAGAAAAAGCUCUUGCCAAUUAGAGGAUCUUCUUAAUCCUCAGCAAUUAAGUUUGGGGUUUGAGGGGGGCAGGUCAUUGUUACAACAGAAGUAAAUUUGGCAUCUAUAGAAAUCAAUUAUGAUUUUUGAAAGAUUUAUCUAAAUAUAUCAAUAUAGCAUCUCUUUAAUGUUAGUCAUUAGAAAGAUCCUUUAUCCUGAUUUGCUUAAACCUUUCAAUAAAUUGCACUUUAAAGGAUUAUAAAUAAUCCAUUUAAAAAUUCAAGUACACACAUCAGUGUUGGUUACUAUGCAGAGAAUGUCAUUGUGUAUAGUUUCAUGUAAUCUGUGAUGUCAGCUGUAUUUUUUAUUAAAAUCAUGUCAAGAAAA